AUGUCUAACUUGACCUUUGGAUCCUUCGGUCAGAUUGCCCUUGCAGGCUCAGCAGCGCUCAGCUCUCUCUUCUCGACCCCGCAAAACCUGAGCGUCAAAUCUAUCGACCUCGGCUACGCGAGAUACCAAACGGAUGUGAGCCUUGCGGAAGGCGUCACUAGCUUUCUUGGCAUUCGCUAUGCAGCGCCACCUACAGGUGAUCUACGCUUCCGUGCUCCACAAUCGCCGGCGACUACGGAAGAACUUCAACUGGCGACGUCGCAACCGCCAGCUUGUUGGCCAAAAGAUGCAUGGACCGCGGCUUCCCCGAGCGAGGAUUGCCUCUUCGUGAACGUACAUCUUCCAACGCAAGUUGAUACCAAUCAGUGUGCUUCCACAUUGCCUGUUCUUGUAUGGUUUCAUGGUGGAGGAUAUGUGCACGGAAGCGCUGCAUGGUAUCCCGCUGAGAAGCUCGUUCGCGACUCAGGACACGGCCUGAUUGCGAUCAACGUGCAGUACCGCGUGGACGCUUUUGGGUUCCUCGCCGGCAAAGAUGUUAAAGAGGACGGUGACCUCAACGCCGGAAUCCUGGACCAGAAAGCCGCGUUGGAGUGGGUCCAGCAGAACGCGCGGGCGUUCUGUGGCAACCCGGAUAGGGUUACCAUUUUUGGUCAUUCAGCGGGAGGAGGCUCAGUCUUGCAGCAUCUUAUCGCGUACGGCGGAGAGUCGCCACAGCGGCUCUUCAAGACCGCCAUGAUGAGCUCCCCCUACCUCCCACCACAGUACAGAUACGACGAUGCGAAGCCAGAGGAGAGCUAUCGUGCGCUGGCAGAGAAAGCAAAUUGCCCUAUCAACCAUGACACCUUGUCCUGCCUGCGCUCCAUUGACGCUCAAACACUCCGAGAUGCUUCGGUCGCACUCAACGGCAGACCGCUCCUCACGAAGUUCCUUCCUGUGAUCGAUGGGUCUUACAUCGUUGAGCGUGCAACGCUCACCCUAGGGAAGGGAAAGGUCAACGCGGAAACCCUCAUAGUCUUGACGAACACGGACGAGGCUGCCAUCUUCACCCCGGCGUCCGAGGUCGAGGAGACUGUGGAGAUCUACAUCUCGAAGGUGCUCCCUGAUCUGCCUGAGGCAAAGGCGAAGGAGGCUGCGUCAUUCUAUAGCGCCUCAACUCCGGAGGAAGUGCAUAGAGCUACAACCCAGCUCCGGAGUGAAUUCUUCCUCGUUUGCCCGGCUUACUGGAUCGUGGACGCAUUUAAAGACAAGACCGCGUGGAAGGGCACCUUCGCCAUCCCACCGGGUAUUCACGGACUUGACCUCAACUAUGUCUUCAAAGAUGCUGACAUAUACCACCAGCCAGUCAGCUUCCCCAAUGAGGACUUCGGACGUGCGCUGCGACACGCAUACCUAGGAACUGCAACUGGUUUAGGCCCUACUGCGGCAGACGUAGUCACACCUCUGUGGCCCGUAUACAGCUACGGUGGCGCGCAUACCGAGAUGUUGUUCAACAAGACCGAAGACGGGCAAAUCGACAUCCGUGCCUUCCAAACGGAUGUGGGUCUUCUUCAGCGUUGCAACUUUUGGCACAGCGUUGCAGAGUAUAGCUCACAGUAG